AUGAUUGAUGUUGGAAUUCGCACAAAAAAGGCGGUUCGAUACCUUCAAAAUGAAGCAGGUGGGAUUGAAAAUGCAGGAUUUAUUGAGCAAGAUGCACAUAACUUUGUACAAGCACAUAAGAGAAACAUGAUAAGUAGUGGGGAUGCUCAAACUUUGAUAAAUCAUUUUAGGCAUUUGCAUUCAGAGGACUCAAACUUCUUUUAUUCUUUCCAAGUUGAUGAAUAUGGUAGAUUAUGCAACUUCUUUUGGAGAGAUAGUAUAUCCAGAUUGCACUAUGAGUGCUUUGGAGAUGUAAUGAUUUUUGACACUACAUACCGCACAAAUAGAUAUAACAUGAUUUGUGCUCCAUUUGUUGUUAAUAAUCAUUGGAAAAAUGUUUUUUUUGGAUGUGCCUUCUUGUGUAAUGAAACAACAGACUCUUUCGUUUGGUUGUUUCAAACAUUUUUUAAGGGAAUGGGAGGAAAAGCACCAAAAAUAAUUUUUACAGAUCAAGCUCAUGCCAUGGCGCCUGCCAUUAGACAAGUUUUUCCCAACACCUGUCAUCGAUUGUGUGAAUGGCAUAUUGAUAGAAAUGCUCAAAAAAAUAUACCUCAACUCUAUUGGAAACAGGGAUUUCGAAACUAUUUUGAUACUCUCUUAUGGAGAUGCAAGUCAGAAUCAGAAUUUGAGGUGAUAUGGCAAAAUAUGAUAUGUGAUUGGAACUGUGCAGAUAAUUCUUGGCUUCAAAAGCUAUAUGAUUUAAGAAAGAAAUGGUGUCCCGCAUUUAGUCGUUCCAUUUUCUCUGCGGACAUUAAAUCAACUCAAAGAAGUGAAAGCACAAAUAGGGUCUUCACAGAAAUGACAUGCAAGACAAUGAGUAUAACUGAAUUUCUAAAGCAUUAUGAGCAACGGACAACUGAAAUGCAUGACACCGAAGCAACUGAAGAUUACAAAUGUCAAGGAAAGCCAAAACUUUUCGUAGAAGACUGUGGGAUCUUAAAGCAUGCUGGUAGUGUGUACUCAAGAAGAAUUUUUACAAGGUUUCAACAUGAAUUUUUGCAAGGGACAACCAAAAAAUUGAUCCAUGUGGAAACUAUUGGGACUUGUACUAAAUAUACAAUUUUAAAGGGUGAGAAUAAUCAAACUGAAACUGUCCAGUUUAAUUCUCUUGAUAAUUCUAUCUCUUGUACCUACCAAAUGUUUGAAACCAUGGGUUGGUUAUGUUGUCAUGCACUAAGAGUUUUAUUCUUUGAUUUAAAUUUUUCUUGUAUUUCUAAGAAAUACAUUUUGAAAAGAUGGACUAAAAAUGCCAAGCAUGAGUGUGGAUUUGAGGAGUACACAGAAAAAAAAAAGACGUUGAAGUCGUCCAAGACAAUUCGCUUAAAUGGGUUGAUGAAAGAGUCGUUUACUGUUAUGACUUUAGCAGCAAAUGAUGUGGACUCCGAGGAAAUUGCCAUAAAAUAUUUGUAUCUGGCAAAGGUCGAGAUUAUUAAACAUCAAAGUGAAUUGUAUGUUCAAAAUCAUGAGAAGAAUAGGAGCAAGUUCAACUCCUUUAAUGAUUCUGUUACAUGGUGUAAGGAUCAAAUUUUGGAUCCAAUUAAGAAAAAAGACAAAGGAAAUGGAUAUGGAAGAAUGAAGUCAAAAAAUGAGCAGAGGAAAAAAAAAAGCAUCCCAGAGAACAUUGAAAAACGGAACAGAAUAUCCACAUGA